ACUUCACGGCACAUCUUCCACAUGGCCUCCACCAGGCUGUAACUGUGUUUUGUGUUUGAUAUUGUGUCUCUAAAUUACCAACAAGUGGGACUGAAACAACAUUACAAACGCAGGUCGUGCUCUCACAAGGACUGAAAUGGGUAAAAGUAAAACCACGAAGUUUAAACGUCCGCAGUUCAACGCGGUUGGGCUGCCGGUAAACGCGGUGCAGGAGGCGGGGGAAGAGGCAGAGGAUCCCUGUGAGGACGACUGUCCAGCUGGGGAGCUCCUGGAGAAACUGCAGAGUCCCAGUGCAGAUGUGAGGGAGUUUGCGUGUGCCAGCAUCUCCCGGGUGGUGCAGCAGAGCCAGAGCAUCCCGGGCCUCCUGCAGCGGGACGCCGUGCGGCGCCUCGGCCCCAUGCUGCUGGACCGCAGCCUGGCUGUGAGGGAGACCGCCGCCGGGGCGCUCAGGAAUCUGAGUGCAUGCGGCGGUCAGGAGGUGUGUGAGGACAUGGUGAAGCACGACAUCAUGACUCCUCUGACAGCGCUGCUCCGAGAG